CUCCGGGGGGUCCAGAGGCCUCCUCUUGGGAACAAGCGGCCCACGGGGCGGCGACGGGGCGACGGGCCGAGCGGGCCGCGGGGCCUUCUGGGGCUUGUGGUCUCUCGCCCCGCCCCUGCCCACUUGCCCCGAGGGUAGAAGGCAGGGCGAACUGGGCAGCGUUCCACGCCAGGAGUCGGACGCCUGGCCGUGUGGGCAGGCACUCGGGCUUCCCGGGCUUCAGCCCUUGCGCUUCCUUGCCGGCCUGCACUGGCUCCUCACGGAGGGCACCCUCCUUCCUCUGCAGGAGCCCCGAAGAGACAAAAGUCAGGAUGGAUGCUCAAACAUGGUAUUUGAGAACGUCAAAGCUGGCUCUGGCCUUGGCAAUUAUCCGCUCGACACCAGCGGACACAAGCAGCAAAGAAUACACAGAGCACCUUGCGAAGGUGGUGUCCGAGCAGGAGUCAAUGUGGAGAUCUAAAGUCCAAGCCUUGGAAGCUGAAGUUCUGCAAUUACGCCACAAACUUCUUCUGAGCAGGAUGCGUGCAGGAGUAUUUAAGAGUGGAGACCCAUCUUCCCAGCUGCAGGCUCAGGAUCCUGGAAGUUCUGAAAAUACAUUAAGUCUGCUGGAAGAUUCUGGGUGUGAGUUAUCCAAUGAGCAGAGAAGUGAACCUUCAGAGAUGGUCCAGCAUUUUGUGGAGAGCUGCAGCCCCACGUCCUUUCUACCCCUGCCCAUUGUGAAAAGACAUUGUGCCACUGUGGAAAAUCCUCUGUCUUCCCACAUGCAUUUCUUGCAACAUCUACUCGAACUGAAGAACUUGACAGAAUCAGGGAGUCUGAAAACAGACUUAAGCCACUUUGAAAAUGACUUUUCCACAGUAUCUGACUCUGUUUUUCAGUUGUUGGAUGGCCUGAUCACUUUUUACCGUAACCCCAGAUUUCCUUCUUCAAGCUUUUGGGAAGAAGCUGUUAAUACUUUAGCUGGACUGAUCAGUGAUAGUAACUUAUCUAAUCAUAUUCUUAAAAAGUGUUCCAAGAAGUUGGAAGAAUUUGAGAAAACCCUACUACAGGUUAUUUUAAGGAGCAACCAUAUAAAUCGGUUUCAGGUGCAGCAUUAUGUCUCUCAGAGUCUGGUAACCCUGGGAAGUUGCAGCUUGUUGAGAAAAUCUAUAAUAUCUCUGCUUUUAUCAGAAGUAAACAGCUUCACUGAUGUUUUGGGUACCAUCAAUCAGGUUCAAGCCAGUUAUGCGACACACUAUGAAAAUAUUUUCUUUCUGUUCUGGGUUCUGGAGCAGCUUCUUCAAAAGGAAACCAAAGAAGGCAACACUUCAAGUGUAGGGCAUGAUGACCAAGAAAUCAAGAAAUUUCUUCAGAAGCACGAUGAAACUAUUUUCCAACUCUCUGAUGCAUUUCCUUUAUUUACUUUUUAUUUAUGGAGACUGGGCAUUCUCUUGAACUCAGUAGAAACUGUUGACAGUAACUCACUUCCUUAGCAAUUUACUAAAUAUCAGAAGCAUACUGAAGUAUGAAGAUCUUCUGCUUAAAAGAUUUUCAAGAAUAUUUUUUAAAUGAGCAUUUUAAAUGGAUCUCUAAAUAUAAUCACUAAUUCAGUAGUUUUAAAUUGUAUAUAAAACAUUAUGAGUCUUAUUUCUAUACUAAAUCAGAUAGUUUCAAUUGAGAAUGUCCUUAUUUCCACGUAACUGUAUUUUACAAUAUGUUACUCAAUAUAGUCUAGCUCUAGUAUUCUCUAUAAUGGACCAUUAAUUGUCUAUCUCACAAACAUUAUUUACAUUUUAAAAUAUUUACAUGUACUAGAUAGUAAAAGGCAACAAGAGAUCUUAAAAGUUUUGUUGCUUUGUCAAUGGUCUUUAAGUAGUUAUAAAUGAAAUUUUUAAAAUUUUGUUCUUACAUAGUUUCAUUUACAUGAUUAUCUAUUAUCUUAGAGGAUGAUUUCUUUAACAUUUAUAAACCAAAUGGCCCUCAAUUUCAUAAAAUCAAGGUAUAUGUUAAGUCCUUUAAAAGUACUAGCUCAUUGUUUAAAUGUCAUUUUUCAAGUGCUUGUUUUGAUUCUGUUUAUUAUGUAUAAUAUCCCUGUUGUUAAAAUGUAGUUAAGUCAUGUAUAAUUAAAUCAUUAAGGAUAUUUUUACAAAUCUAACAUCUGCCCACAAAUAUACUUAUUGAAAGUAAAUUUAUACUUAUUAAAAGCGUUAGUUGAAUUUUCCAGUUACACAGUUUCAUUUACUUUAUUUCAAUUAUUAAAUUCAUAACCAAGUAGCUUAAUGAAGACCAUUAUGUACUUUCCUAUAGUGCAAUUUAGGGCACAACAAAUACAAAUGUAGUUUAUUAACUAUGUGUGAUAUUGCUUCAUAAGUUAAUUACCACUCCUAAAUGCCACUGAUAUUUAAGAAAAUGAAUAUAUAUAAAAGCAUAUCAUCUGCCACAGUUAUUUUUAGAAUUAUUUCUAGUUUUGUAGAAAAGAAAGCCUUUUUUCUAAAACUCAAUGUAUAUAUUAGUCACCUAUUGUUACAUAACAAACUACUACCAAAUCUCAGGGGCAUACAACAAUAAAUACUUCUCAAGUGUCUGUGGGCCACUUGGGGAUCUGGUCAUCUGACCUGGAGAAUGUUGGAAAGCUCUGCUCAGGUUGCAGAUCCCACUGAGCUAGGCUCUUUGUUAUAAAUUGGGGUUUGGUUUCUUCCACUUGUGCUUAUUCUGGGGCCCAGGUUGAGAGGGAAGCAGCUACUCAGGACAGCUACUCAACCUCUUCUGUGGCAGUGGCAGACAGGCAAGAGGGAAAGGGCAAGGCUGAGAAAUAUUAGGCUGUCAUUGUCCGUCACAUGCAUUAGCCAAAGCACAUCAGAUGGUCAAACACAGAGAAAAGAGGCAGGGAAGUACCCUCUACCCAGUGUGGGAGAACUUGCAAAGUUAUAUGACAAAGGGCAUGGAUACAGGAGAGGAUGGAGAAUUGGGGCAAAUAAUGUACUUCACCACACACACCGGUUGAACACAAGAAGGGGAUUUCAGAUCCUAAUUAAGAGGAAGUUUUCUAAUAUUGGAUUCUUGGGAUUUAGAUAACUGAUGACAUCACACAAAAUCCACGACCCAUGACAUCUCCCCAUCCUCACUCUUUUUUUUUUUUUAAAGAUUUUAUUUUUUAUUUGACAGACAGAUAUCACAAGUAGGCAGAGAGGCAG